AUGACACUGUAUGCCACUGAUGCCUUUUCAGCGUGGAACCCAAACCCGUCUCGGUCAGAUUCAUCUAAGUCUGAUCCGCCAAGAGUGCUAGAAGUCACGGCAUACAAUUUGUCCCCAUCCAACUACUCAAACACCCGGGAAGGACGGUUCUCAGAGAACGGUGGUUGCGGUUAUGUGCUCAAACCUAGCAUCAUGAACGAGGAUCUCUUCGUAGCCGGUGAGAAACCCCCAACAACGCCUCAGGUCAGUCAAAGAGCCAUCAGAUGUCCGCUUCAAAUUAUCAAAAAAAUACGUAGUUCUUUCAAAAAUGAUUUUUUUGCUGUAACUCAAAUGAGGCAACUCUGA